UUUUUUCUUCCUCUCUCUCAAGUCUCUUUGAACCAGCACCUUGUAUUGCAUUUUUUCAAGAGAAAGAGAGAGAGAGAGAAAUAUAAUUAAAAUAAUCAAAGAGAAAUAAAAGAUAGCUAUAGAGAGAGAAUAUCUUCCAUACUUUUUUAACAUAUAUUCUUUUUCUCUGGAAAAAUUUCUUUCAAUCGGAAUAAUUUUCUCUAGAUUUCUCUUCUUAUAUCUCACCAAAAUCUUCAUCGGAUUUUUUUUUAAUUUUUUUUUUAUCAUUUUGGGUUUAUAGAGUUAAUUUUCCUUAAAAAACAUAAAAAUCUGUAUCCGAUUGCAUUUUGCAGAACUGAAUCUCCGGUGAUACUGAUUAUUCAGUUUCCGAUCAUCGGAAAAAGUGCCUAAUCGGAAACCAGAGGAUUUUAUUGCUAAAAACCUUGUUUCCGAUUAGAAUUUGUAUGAACAAUCGAUUUUUUUUUUUUGUGGGUAUAAUUAAAAUCGGGUAAAGAUUGAAUUUGGUUAUCUGGGUAUUGAUAAAUAAUUGAUUUUACGAUCUGGGUUGAUUUUUUUUUGCUCUGAAUCAUCAGUUAUGGCGAAGAGUAGUGGGACUUUGGAUAAAUGGAGGGACUAUUUUCGUACUGCAAAUUCGGAUAUAUUCGAUAUAAUUGAGUAUGCAGUUAUGGUUGCUGCUGUUGAUUGUCCAAAGGAGUUUAAACUGAGAAGGGAUAGAAUUGCUGAAAUGCUGUUUACAUGUAAAGUUACUAUGUGUUUUGGUUGUGAGAAAGUUGAUUUAGCUGUACCAAUUGCUAGUAAUGAUGAUGAAGGAAAAAUUAAGAGUAAGGAUGAGUUUGGUGUUAGUAAAGAGAGCAAAGCUAACAGUAGGAUAGAUCAUCAUGAUGUUGAGAUGAAUGUGAAUCAAGUUAGCAAUUAUAGUUAUGGAGAAGCUGAGGCAUUAACUGAGGAGAUGGAGGAAGAGACACAGAUAUUUGGGGAGGUGAUGAGGAUCAAAGAUGUCAUUGAUAACAACCAAGCUGAGUCUGCAGAGUUGUUUGAGUGCUUAAGAAGGCUUCAACUAAUGGCUUUGUCUGUGGAGACUUUAAAGGCCACAGAGAUUGGAAAGUCGGUUAAUUCUCUCAGAAAGCACAACUCAAAGGAUGUUCGACAUCUAGCCCGGACAUUGAUUGAGGAUUGGAAGGUCUUGGUAGAGGAAUGGGUGAAUGCUACUGCAGCCUUUGCAGGUAACGAAAGCACUCCAGAGUCUAUGAAAGCAUCUGUAGUUGAUCAAGACGAGGAAGGACUUCCUUCCCCACCUUUAGAUGACUUAGCUUUCUUUUCUGCUCAGACCACUUCAAUUGAGUUGUCACAAUUCUUUGAUGGCAUGGAUGAUGAUGGAAAUCCUCGAAACAGUGGGGGAUUCAAUGCGAAUCGUGGAAAUGGCCGAAAGCCAUCACUAGGUAACCAGAACAUUCCUUUCCAGAAGAAGCAGUCUGCUGAUUGCUUCAAUGCUUCUCCCAAAGAGAAUAAGGGUGAACAACAAAAGAAACAGGAAGCUGUAAUCAAGAAACAAACAACAGUCGUGAAACCAACUAAGCCAUCUGGAGGUGAAUCUGGGCCUGGAAGACCGAUAAAACCAGCCUUGGAGCAGAAGCUCAAGGUUAACGAGAUGAACUUCCAGCAGAAAUCUGAUAAAGGCACAAUUCAAAAGAGGCCUGUGGCGCCUCAACAGAAUAAACUUAGACAUUCAGAUGAGGAUGCUGUUCAAGUCAAACUCGAGGCUACAAAAAGAAAGCUCCAGGAACGGUACCAAGAAGUUGAAAACGCCAAGAGGCAGCGAACCAUACAGGUUAUGGAGUUGCAUGAUAUCCCAAAGAAGGGCCCAAACCAAGGUGUUGGCCUUAAGAAUGCUCAUAUGAGACCUGGCAACAAUAAUAGGCAUUGGGCAAAUGGACGUCGUUGAAUUGAUUUCAACAGACUGUCUCAAUAAGUUCUCUAGUUUCAUCCACCUCUGCAAUUCAUUCUCUUAGAACAACACCGAUGACUCCUCAGCUGAGUAAAUUCUCAACUUGCUGUGUAAACAAAGGAUCUCGUCUAAUUGACCUCAACAGAGAGAGGCCACUCUCAAAUCGGGAGGGGCAUGUUAAUGUUAUCGGAGUUACAUUAUGAUGCUUAGAUAAACAUUUUGUUAGACCUCACAGUACAGGGGCUUGCGGAUUUCGGUUUAAUUUUCUUUUUGAUCUUUAGGAAGGACAUAAUAUCGUCCAUUUCGGAUGAACCAUCUUUUGAGCAUUAACCAUAUGCUUUCAUAGAAAUACCCUGACUGUAAAAAUUUGCACAGAAUAAGUGCAUUGAAAUAUAUGAAUUAGAAUAUAAAGUGAUGGUUACAUUUUGGCCGUUUUUAGACAAUUA